AUGGAUAAUAAUGCUGGGAAGCACGAUGUGCGUCUUACUUUACGUGCGUUCGUUGCUCCCUCGAAAUGCGUCUCGUCUCUGGGCAGUGGACACGCCAACGGCCCCGGAAACUCACGUCGUGCUGCUUCCGUGUCCGCGCCGGCAUGUCUCCUUGGAAGCAACCCUGCCAUUCAUGUUGGGUCGAACCCUGUUGCCUCGGCAUCGCCUGCUGAGUACCCGGUGAUGGCACGAUGCAGUCCUUUAAUGCUCAGUCCGACGAGCACGGACCUGACUCGGACACUGCCAGAGAGUCACAUGGCCUUUAGCGUGAUUGAGCGCAAGCAACAUCAUGUUGCACAUCUCAUGCCCUCUCUAUCCCUUACCUUGUUGCCUAUGAACACUCUGACGGCCAAGGCAGGAGCAUCUGAAAGUCGGCAACGUCCCUCACCAUGUUGUCCCUGCAGCUGA